CUUCCGGGGUGGAGAAAGGUUGAAGCGGAGGGGCGGUGCCUAGGUUGCCAAAGCCACAGCCAUGAGGCGGGUCUUCGGCCUCAGCAGUAGGGGCCAAGCGCCUUCGGGCUCUACAGGCCAGCAGGGCAGCUGCAGGGGACCGUGGCCCAGCGUCCGCGUCAGGGCCGUGGGCAAGCUCCAUAAAGCUGCCAGCGCUGGCGAUGCGGCCAGGGUGCAGCAUCUCCUCAUUCUGGGGAAAAGUGGCGUCAAUGACAGAGACGAGAAGCACAGAAUUGUUUCUGCUCGUUCACAGGAUGACCUCGCACCACAUUUGCUUGCUCUAAGGGAAAACAGACAGCAAGUAGCAGAAUUGUGUAUAAAGAAAGAAGCAAAUAUUCACAUGGUGGAUAAGCCGGGAAGGUAUAGUUGUUUGUUCUUUUUUAAAAACAAGACUUUAUUUACAUUGCUUGGACCUGAACCUAGGACCUCACGCAUGCUAGUGGAUGAGAGUUCUGAAGAUGACUCUUUAACCAGGUUUUCUGACAAACCUGAUCCUGAUGAUUCCUGGCCUACGUCAGAGGAGGAUGACUAUAAUUUUGAUAACAAGAAUGUCCCUAAAAUAAACCUAACUGAGCUAUGGGCUGCUGCUCAGCAAUCCAGGAAAAAUCAAGCAAAAUAUAGCACUGGGGAACCAGGAAACAGAACCUUGCUUGAUAACAGUAUUUCUGAUAGUGAAAACAAAGAUGUGGUUGAAACCCUUCCUAAAACAUCCGUCAAUGUCCAGAGCUUUUCUCAGUCUUCCUUUUUAUCACCGUCACCUGAGCCAAAAGUAGGCUCUUUUCUAAAAUACCAUGCCUGUCGUGACAAAAGUAGUGUCUCUGAGAAUCUUCCACAGAAGUCUGUUGAUCAUUUAUCUGGGGCUGCAGAUGAAAAAGGAAAACAUACAGGAAAUAGACAAGUAGAAGAUGUGAUUUAUAUACCUUCUUGUAUAAGUGGAUCAAAAAACUUUAAGAUGGCUAAACUGGAGGACACAGGAAAUGUAGGCAAACCAGUAGCCCACAAGGGUAUGGAAAAAAUUGUAAUCUUAAUACACAAAAAGUACUCAUUUCCAUCUUUUCUCCCUGAUACAGAUUCUGUUAGUGUAUUAAAAAUAUGGGAUGCGUUACAUUCAUAUAAAACAUCAGUAGACCUUAAAAAAGAUCAUGAUGAACUGCUUAUAGGGAAAACUAAAAAACUGGAAAAUAAGGUUAGAACACUAUAGAAGGAACUAACAGAAACAAGAGAAGUGAAAUCACAGUUAGAACAUGAGAAACUACAUCAAGAAGGAGAACUUGGCAAUUUAAGAUUUGCCUUACAACAAGAAGAGGAGAAGAGAAGAAAUGUUGAUCAGUUUUAUGAAAAAAUUAAAGAACAGUUAAGAAAAAAAGAAGAGCAAUAUUACCAAGAAGUUGAAGCAAAACAGCAACUUGAAAUUUCUCUUAGAACACUAGAUAUUGAACUGAAGACUGUAAGAAAUAAAUUGAAUCAGGUUUUAGAGGAACAAAAUGACACCCUGAGCCAACUUUCUCCAGAACAGAAUUGCAGAAUGUUACCAGAUGGGAUUCUGGCAAAUCGCUUUUGUGAACAAAAGGAAAUAGAAAUGGCACCAGAGAAAAUGAGUCCUGAGGUUUCUAUUAGUCAUGAAGAAGAUAUGUUGCAUAAAAAUCACAGAUUGCAGGAUGAAAUUACCAGGUUAAGACUAGAAAUAGAUGCAAUAAAAAAUCAGAACCAGGUAAAGGAAAAGAAAUAUCUGGGAGAUAUUGAAAUUGCAAAUGAAAAGAAUGAUGACCUUCAAAGGACAAUAAAGCUGAAUGAGGAAACAAUAUUUCAGUCCAAUGGACAGCUUAAUAGUCUGACAAUAGAAAAUACAAUGCUAAAUUCUAAACUAGAGAAUGAAAAACGAAUCAAGGAAAGACUCGAAACAGAAAUUGAAUCAUACCGUUCCAGACUGGCUGCUGCUGUACACAAUUAUGAUGAAAGUCAGACCUCAAAAAGAGAUGUGGAACUUGCUUUCCAGAGAGCAAGGGAUGAGUGGGUUCGUUUACAGGACAAACUGAAUUUUGACAUAUCUAACCUAAAAGAUAAUAAUGAGAUGCUUUCCCAACAGCUUUCUAAAGCUGAAAGAAAAUUCAAUAGCCUAGAAAUUGAGCUCCAUCAUACAAGAGAUGCUCUUAGAGAAAAGACUUCAGUUUUAGAACAGGUACAAAGAGACCUAAAGCAAACACAGUGUCAAAUGAAAGAAAUUAAACACAUGUAUCAGGAUGAACAAGGGAAAGUGAAUAAAUAUAUGGGAAAGCAGGAAUCUAUAGAAGAGAGAUUAUCUCAACUACAAAGUGAAAAUGCAUUGCUUCGACAGCAGUUGGAUGAUGCUCACAACAAAGUUGACUAUAAAGAAAGGACACUAAUUAAUAUCCAAGACCAGUUUCAUGAUAUUGUGAAGACACUUCAAGGUGAGAGUAAAAAACAAAGUCUCAUGCUAGAAGACAGAAAUAAAGAGUUAAUCAAUGAAUGUAAUCAUUUAAAAGAAAGAGUAUAUCAGUAUGAAAAUGAGAAAGCAGAAAAAGAAGUAGUUGUGAGGCAACUUGAACAAGAACUGGCAGACACCCUAAAAAAACAAUCUAUGUCAGAGGCUUCAUUGGAAAUUUCAUCACAUUAUCGCAUUAAUUUAGAAGAUGAGACACGGGAUUUAAAGAAAAAAUUAAGUCAAAUCCGAAGUCAAUUGGAAGAAGAACAGAAUCGACACACAGAGGCUGCGCAGUGUGCUGAGAAGAUGCAAGAAUAUCUACAAAAGCUUGAACUUGAAAAUUCCAGGUUAAAAGUGAAAAUUAAAAAGCAAGCAGGAAAAACUGAACAGCUUCAGAAAAACCUGUUAAGUGCAAAUUUGUCGGAAGAUAAAGAACAAUUAAAGAAACUUUCUGAGUUAACAGAAUCUCUGGAAUUUACUUUGCAUCAAGAAAAGAAGAAAAAUGGUGAAUUACAAAAAGAGCUAACUGGAUUUAAGAAACUUUUUAAAAUGACAAAAACAAAGUUAAAUGAGCAGGAAAAUGGAGACUUCUAUUUUCAUGGAGAUUUAAAAUCCAGUGAAUUGGAUAUUCCAAUUAACAUGCUAAUACACAAGGUUGAUGAUCUUGCAGCAAAACUGGAAACUGCAUCAUCCAAAUGUCUACAUCUGGAUAAAAAUGAUUUACUCCAGCAGGAGUUAUUAUCUAUGAAAAAUAUACAAAAGAAGUGUGAAACACUAGAGAAGAAAGAAAAGAAGUUGGAAGAAGAAGUGGUUAACCUGAGAAGUCACAUGGAGAAGAAUGUGCUAGAACAUGGCCAAGCAGAACAGUAUAAGCAGGAGAUUGAAGAAAGAGCCAGGAGAGAUUUAGUAGAAAAAUUAAAACAAGUCAAUCUAUUUUUACAGACACAAGCAGCAUCUCAAGAAAAUUUACAGCAAUUAAGAGAGACUAAUAAUGCUUCCAUGAGAAGUCAGAUGGAACUCAGAAUUAAAGACCUGGAAUCAGAGGUAUCUAAAAUGAAAACUCAAGAAGAGUCUAAUAAAAUACAAUUGGAAAAAUAUAGGCAAUGCUAUCUAGAAGAAUUCAAUACUAGAAAGUCAUUGUCCAGUAAACUAAACAAGGCUAAUGAGAGGCUAGAAGAGGCCAAUACCAAACUUCUGGUGGAGCAACAACAAAACAGGUCUUUACUGAGCACAGUUAGUACAAGACCUGUCCUAGAAUGUCCUUGUGUUGGAAAUCUUAAUCAUAGUUUGGUGUUCCAGAGAAGUUUUCUUCCCAGAGAAAACUUAGUGGUUCCUCCAUUAAACCUACAGCCUUCAAACACCAGCAUUAUUGAGAGCUACCUGACCAAGAUGCGGCAAGAGUUGGAAAAAAGUAUAACUAGAGAAGUAAGAGAAGCUACUGUCGAACUUGAAUCUGGAUCCUUUAAAGUUUCUCCCACAAGGGAGAUGCCACCCGCAGAAGUCUUCCUGCCCUCCCGCAUCCCUAUUCAGGCCCAGGGACCCCGGGAGGCUGUGGAUGCCAGGCCCAAGCUAGCGCACUUUGCAGGAACACAGGGCACUUGCCACAUGGAGAUGGCGGAUGCGGAGUUGAGUGCCUGCAGAUGA